UCCUUUUUCGUUAGAAGCAGCAAUCCCUCACCAUCCACCCACCCACCCAAAAAAAAAAAAUGUCCGUAAACCCACGCAGAUGGAAUUCAUUGUGAUUUCAGUAGUGGCACCACCUGACCAAAUCAAAUGCAUCUGGCAUGCAAUGGAAAACUAUUACAGAGUAGAAGACACUUCAGACGCAUAGUGAAUUGAAAGAACGAAUAUAUGUCUGUUAAUAAAUAAAUAAACAAAUACAUGUGUUUACUGCAAAUCUGGUUCUUACUGUUGAGACCUCACAUCUAAAGUACCUGGAACUUCCGCUUCAUUAGACAGCAGUUCUUCUCCUACGGUAAGACCGUCAGUCGUCUCUCCAGGAAAUACAAAGUUUCAAACUGCAGACUUGUAUUGCUCUUUAUAUAAAAAAGACGUGGAAGUCGGCAUACUUAACUCCAUGGCGAGUUUAAAACACUUUGAGGAACGUGGUUCUUUUGGCCACAUCAUCAGAGGCCCUGUGGAAGAUACAGAUCCUAGCAGUAUUUCCUCAGAAAUGUCAAAAUAUCCAGUUCAAGACACAGGCACACCAAAAGAUGCCUUAGAUGAAGUUACACUGCAAUUAGCUUCGGUUAACCUAAUAUCUCAGCCGGGCAGAAUAAGACAGUAUUUUAUCUUUCAGCCUGAAGACAAUAAGAGCCAGUACAUUUACACAGGACAGAUGUCAACAGAAGAUAGCCCAUGCGAGAAGUGCUCCUGCUCGUCUCUGCCCUCCACCUCUCCUCCUCUGAUCAGCGACUUAAUGAACGAUGAAGACUUGCUGUACAAGCUGCAGCUAAAGCUGGACACCCACCACCCCACUGUCAAAAACUGGAGGAACUUUGCCAGCAAGUGGGGCAUGAGCUAUGACGAGCUGUGCUUCCUUGAACACCGGCCGCAGCAGAGCCCCACCCUGGAGUUCUUGUUACGGAACAGCGAGAAAACGGUGGAGCAGCUGAUAGACCUCUGCAAGCUCUACAAGAGGAUCGACGUCCUGAAGAUGCUGCAGCUUUGGGUGGAAAACGACUGGCCAAAGAGAUGGCACUAAACCCAGUAGCUAGCUAGGAACUAAUCUGUUUAACCUUGUUUGGGAUCUAUAGAGUGCUCCUGUUCAAUUGCUUGUUUUAUUUUUCUUGUUUCUUGUUUGUUUAGUCCCAACCUUUUAAAAAGAAUUUCCACUUUUUAAUAUGGGGGGGGGGGG